AUGGAAGAUAGAGAAACUGUUACUCAGUACAUGUUCAAGAUCAAUGACCUUAUCAACAAUAUGAGAGCACUUGGUGAAGAAAUUAAGGAUGUUGGUGUUUGUAAGAAGAUACUAAGGUCACUCACCUCUAGAUUCAAUCCUAAAGUAACAAUUCUCGAAGACAAAGAUCUUUCUGAAGUGAAGAUUGAUGAACUUCAGGCUUCUCUCACUGCCUAUGAAAUGAGAAUUGGUGUUCCAGCUGCUCAUAGAAGAAAAGCUGCUCUUAAAGCAAAGGAAGUUGUUGAAGAAACUGAAGCAAAGUCUGAAGAUAAUUUUGAAGAAGAUGAGGUUGCCUAUCUUGCUAAGAAAUUUAGAAAGUUCAGUCAUGUUGCAUCUAAGUGUCCAAACUCAAAGUGGCAGAGUCAAAAGAAGAAUGAGGGAGGAAACUAUAAAGGAAGGUUUGGUAGAAAAGCAAAUGAAUAUCCUAAAGUAGAAAAACCUAAGGAGACACAAGAAGAUAAAUGUCUCUUUAUUGCCAUUCUUGAAGCACCACAAACUUUUGUUCAAGUUGAAAAAAAUAGUGACACUAAGAUUGAGGAAAUUCUUAAAGAGUGUGAAAGGCUUGCAGUGAAGUGUGAUCAACAGAAGGCUCAAAUAAAAAGGCUCAGCUCAGAAUUAUUCCAGUCCAAACAAAUUCUCACUAAACACCUCAAACUUAAACUGUCAAUGCUGUGUUCAGUCUCUCUUAUUUUUCAAAGCCUAUUGAAAUCUCAAGUCAACACUCAGUGGUCUACCAAGAAGUGUAAAAAAGAAAUGUCUCUCAUUCUAGAAGAAAGAUCUCUAAAAAUGGCUGAGAUCUGGAAGCAAUCCACAAAGCAAGUUGGGAAGACUGGAAUUGGCUAUGUGUGUGACUCAGCCACAAAGGUCAAUCAAACUCAUACUGCAUUUGUCAAAGCCAUAACUGGUGAUGUGUAUACAAGGUUUCCUAUCAUAAAGCCUCGAAGGUUCAAGGAUGAGUUACUUAAUAACACCUGCAGUGCUCUAAGCUUCAGUAAGAAAUAUUUUGUUACCAUAACUAUAAAGAACUUCAAGAUAACUAGAAUGUAUGUCAAGAAGUUAGACUUAGCUUCAGCUCAGAAGGUUAAGGAUAAAGGAUCAUUGGAUAAAUGGUAUGUUGAUAGUGGUUGCUCAAGACACAUGACAGAUGAUGGUUCCAAAUUUAUUUCGUUAAAGCAGUUUGAUGGUGGAAAUGUUAUCUUUGGAGAUAAUCAAAGAGCUAAGAUUGUUGGAAUUGGUACUGUGAGUUAG